AUGGCAGAAACAUUACGAAAAGCAGUUAUUUUCUGCUCUACUAUUUUUACAUUGAUAGGAAUGGGUCUUUCUAUUGCAGCAAUUUUGACUCCAUCAUGGCAGGUAGUAAAUCUGCAAGAGUAUAACUCAAUUCAUGAACAUGGCCUCUGGUUGGACUGCAUAAGGCAUACUCGCGACGGAGGUGGUGUCCUCCUUCGGAGAUAUGCAACAAUGAAUGAACCUUUGCAUUGUGUUUACAAAUUUGACUACGAUAAGUAUUCUGGCACAUUUGACCUAGAGGAUGAUAAUUCACCUGUUGGUGAAGUAAAUCGGCAUAAAUUUUAUGGAUGGCAUACUUCAACGUUGAUAAUGCUUGCUCUUGCCCUGAUCACUUCAUUCUUCUCAAUUUGUCUUGGUGCUUGUGGGUGUUGUUACGCAUCUCUUUCAUUGUUAUUUACAGCUACAACUUUGUUGACCACAUUUCUUUCAUCCGUUGCCGAAGGUGUCUUUUUCUUCUUUUCCCAUAGAGCAGACAAUCGUUUCAUCAAGGGUAUUGUCGGCACCUAUGAGCAAAGGGUUGGCCUAGCUUUUUUCCUUCAAAUGGCUGCUUGUUUCUUUCAUUUUAUUGCCUUUUUAAUUGCCAUGCUGGCCACAUAUUUUGCUUUUACACAAAAAGGAGUUGUUUUGGAUCGUGAGCGAUAUUCAUUGCAAAAUUCGUCCAAAACUAAUAUCACAAAUAUGGGAAGAUCUAUGGAAUUCGAACAUCCUGUAUUCGUUCAACAAGCACCACCUCCAACCAGGCCAAGAACGGCCGCACCGUACAACUUGAAGCAAACAGACAUGGAUUUUGGGCGCAGUGUAGCAGAUUCAAUGCCUGAACUAAGUCGUGAUAGGAGCUAUCCAUCUGAUAUUGCCAUGGGAGGAAGAAUUAGCCGCAAAUCAGAAACUUGCGUUUGA